GGAGGGGGCAGGGGGAGGGCGGCGCGCCGGCUCGCGGGGGGGCGGAGCAAGAUGGCGGCGGUACCGGCGCUCCCGGUGUCCCUGUCGGGCAGGUUUAAGGGAUCCUUUGCAUAUUUUACGAUUAAAGACAGACUUCCCCAGAUCCUCACAAGAGUUAUUGAUACUUUGCAUCGGCAUAAAAAUGAAUUUUUUGAAGAACAUGGUGAGAAGGGUGUUGAAGCAGAGAAGAGAGCUAUAUCUUUUCUCUCCAAACUGCGCAAUGAGCUGCAGACAGACAAGCCAGUGACCCCUUUGGAAGAUGAGUUGCCUGAUGCUGCGCUGUGGAACCAAUACCUGGACUACCAACGAAAUUUACCAAAUGGAAAUGGAGAACCAAGUUGGUUUCAGUCCCCUUGGCUGUACGUAGAGUGUUACAUGUAUCGAAGAAUUCAUGCAGCAUUAGCACAGAACCCCCCUAUUGACAACUUUGAUGUAUUUAAGGAAGGAAAGGCUCAAAAUUUCUUUGAAUCCCAAGAAGCUAUUAUUGCCCUAUGCACUUAUUUUCAGGAACUUCUUAAGAACAUCAAGGAUCUAGAUGAAAAGCAACUCCAGGAGGAACUUUUUAAGCUAUUGCAGGUGUCAUUGUGGGGCAAUAAGUGUGACCUUUCUUUUUCAGCUGGUGAAGACAGUUCUCAGAAAUCUAGUCCUUUGCAAUCCCUGGAAAACAUGGUACCCUACAUCUUAGUGAAUGAUAUGGAAAAAGUUUGGUCACUACUUGUAAAUGCCAAAAAAAAUAGAACAGAAAGAAGUAAUGUUAGAGUUGACAUAAUCCUGGAUAAUGCUGGAUUUGAACUUGUAAGUGAUCUUGUGUUGGCUGAUUUCUUGUUGUCGUCAAAGCUAGCUGAUGAAGUCUAUUUUCAUGGAAAAAGUAUUCCAUGGUAUGUAUCAGAUACCACAAAGCAUGAUUUUAACUGGACUAUUAAACAGCUGGGGUCAGCUAAUCAUAUGUGGAUGUCUAGAUGUGGGAUAAACUGGGAGGGCAAUUUGAAAAAGGGAGUUUGGGUUUUCCGUGACCACAUGUUUUGGACUUUACCACAUGAUUUUUCCAGUAUGAGUGAAGUUGCUCCUGACUUGUAUGCUGAGGUACAAAAGUCAAACUUGCUUCUCUUCAAAGGUGAUCUAAACUAUAGAAAAUUGACAGGAGAUAGAAAAUGGGAAUACAGUGUCCCGUUUCAUCAAGCCUUGAAUAAGUUUAAUCCUGCGCCUCUCUGUAGUUUGAGAACACUGAAAUCUGACACUCAGGUUGGCCUGAAACCUGGACAAGGUGAGCAAAUUCAGGCUUCUGAAUCUGAUUGGAUGGUAAGUGGAAAAUACGGGGUCGUUCAGUUUGAUGCUGGUCUCUAGUUAAAUGAUUUGUAAUAUUCUGAAAGAGACAUUAAGUCCGACUUUAAUUAUUUUCUCUGUUCCAUGCUUGGCUUCAGUAAAGAUUCUUUUUUUGUUUGCCCUUUUUCCUCCAAAGUUUUUUGUUGUUUUUGUCCCGUGAAAGACUUUAAUGUUGUGCAAAUAUUUAUAAACGGUUUUCCUAUGCGUAAA